AUGGCCCAUCAGCAGAGGGAAGAAUUUCACAUUGCAGGAGUUGAACCUCUGACAGCAGAUACAAGGUUACAAUCGUUAGAGAAAAGAAUAGAGUUUGAGGGGGAUGGAGUUUCAGACCCGUAUGAUUCAGAUUAUGUGCCACCAAUCUCAUUACGCGGUGCAUCGCAGGAUAUGUCCAAAGACAACGUUGUUGCCCUUGGUGACAGGAGGAUCUACUUACCAGGUCACUGCUAUGUGCUGUACGUACACAACGAUGGAGCUAGACACCAUGGACAUCGCUGGAAUGCACACAAGCACCAGAGAGGAGUUUAUGGGUGUGUGGAGAGGGCCAUGGGUCCUCUGUCCUCCUCAUCCCUCCUCCUGCAGCUGAACUGGAGCAGACACAACAGAGGACAGGACUUUAUUAUCUGGUCCCUGAACAGAAGCUGA